AUGACUGACUAUCAGUUAACUUCCUGUGCUGGAGUUACUGACAUGCUAGGCAGACAAGCACGGAAUCUUACUGUUUCAUCUCUAGAUGGAUCGUCAUCAGUUGACAUACCCAUUGUCAUUGAAUGUAACCACAUCUCAGAUAUCCGGAAUGAAAUACCUACACCAGACGUGGCAAGAUCAUAUACUCACCUUCAGGACAUCGCAGACGACAUACCUGAAGUUGAUAAAAAUGUUCCGAUUCUCACCUUGAUUGGCCGUGAUACUCCAGAAGCACACCACGUAGCAGAACAGCAAACAGGUCCCAGAAAUUCACCCUUUGCGCAGAGACUUACCUUAGGUUGGGUGAUAGUAGGUGAAUCAUGUUUAAACAAAGUUCAUCGUCCAAACUCUGUCGUAGUGAAUAAAACUUACUUGCUUCCUAACGGGAGGACAUCCAUGUUUCAACCAUGUCCCAAUGACAUACACAUAGAAGUCCACAAUAAAGAUACUAGUCACUAUUCUCAAGAUCUGGAUUCUUCUAUUUUUAUGAAACGUAAGGAUGAUGAAACAGUUGGUCUCUCGGUAGACGAUAAGGACUUCAUCAGAACUAUGGAUCAAGAUGUUCAUAUUAGUGUUGAAAGUAAUUGGGAAGCGCCAUUACCAUUUAGAGAAAAGCGACAACCACUACCAAACAACAGUUUGUACGCACUCAAGCGAGCACAAAAUCUGGAUAUCAGUCUCCGAAAGGACCCAACGAAACAAGAGCAUUUCAUGUCCUUCAUGAAAAAGAUAUUCGACAACAACCAUGCAGAAAUCGCACCCCCUCUUAAAGAAAAAGAAGAGUGUUGGUAUCUACCCAUAUUCGGGGUAUACCACCCUAAAAAGCCAUCGCAAAUCAGAGCUGUGUUUGACUCCUAUGUCAAGUUUCAGAACAUUUCCCUGAAUGAUGUACUUCUUUAUGGUCCAGAUUUGAACAACAAACCUCUCGUUGUACUCUUGCGUUUCCGGAAAGAACCUAUAGCUGUAACAGCAGACAUUGAGUCUAUGUUUCACUGUUUUCAAGUUGAAGAGAGACACAGGAACUUCCUCCGCUUUUUCUGGUACAAAUACAAUGACAUAAACAAUCCAUUGAUAGAGUUCCGAAUGCGAGUUCACGUUUUUGGUAAUUCUCCUUCACCAGCCUUUGCUGUGUAUUGCCUCCGGAAGGCUGCCUGUGCCAAAGAGGAUAUUUUUGGACCUGAUGUGACAGACUUUGUAAGUCGAAACUUUUAUGUCGAUGACGGGUUGAUUUCUCUCCCAACUGCUGAUGAAGCAAUAGACCUGCUUAAAUGA